UAUAUAGCAGUAUCAGCCAGUAUCCGGCCUCUGCCAGUGCGCGCUGACGUGCGUACGUACCGGGGAGAAGGAAUGACCGUCAAGCACGAUGAUACACCGAAAUUGUUCAAGCUGAAGCGGCCAGGAAAAGCCGAAGGAUGGGAGGGAUAAACUGGAGCGAAUUGUUUCCAGGGAGAUGGAGUCCUGUCAUCUUCAUCUCCUACAUAGCUCUCUUCGUGAACCAAGGUAUUCUGGUGACAUGGUCUCAGAGAAGCGGCCGCUACGAAUAUAAUAUUGUGGCGGUUGUGCUGAUGACAGAGGUUCUGAAAUUGAUCAUAUCCACAGCGCUCUACUGCAGAGACAAUAGCAUCCUGACGCUUCUCCAGGAGACGAGGAAGAACAAAAAGGUGCUUCUGCUGUACAUGAUACCCGCGCUUUUGUACUGCCUCUACAACAAUCUGGCGUUUGUCAAUUUGGCCAGAUUCGACCCCACGACUUACUACGUCCUGCUGCAACUGCGCGUUGUACUUACGGGAAUCAUUUUCCAGAUCAUUUUUAACAAAAAGUUGUCGGCGACGCAAUGGUUUUCCCUAGUGAUCCUGACUGUCGGCUGCAUGAUAAAGCACUUUGACGCUCACGUCCUUGGCACGGAAUUCCACGCAGAUAUUUUUCUACUUCUGAUUCUUGUACAGACGACAUGCUCCUGCUUGGCUGGUGUGUAUAACGAGUACCUGCUGAAACGGCAGGGCGCGGACAUUGACAUUUUUAUACAGAACGUAUUUAUGUACAUCGACAGUAUUUUCUGCAACGUCAUAGCGAUCGUCCUGUUGACCGUGUUCGCGAACGGCGCGAGCAAGAUGCCGAGUGACGUCGAGAUCGGUGCGUUUCUGCAGCCGAAGGUGAUUCUGAUCAUGCUGAACAAUUCGCUCGUCGGGAUAAUAACGAGCUUCUUCCUGAAGACCCUGAACUCCAUACUGAAGACCUUCGCCAGCGCGGUGGAGCUGGUCUUCACGGCGGUGCUGUGCUGGAUUCUAUUCAGCAUACCCAUUAGCGCGAACACCAUCGUCUCCAUAGCCAUGGUCAGCCUCGCCGUGAUUUUAUAUUCGAAGAAUCCCGUGCAGAACGCCCAGCCCAAAGAGACGGCGGAAAGUGGGAAGCUUCUAGUGUAAACGACACAGUAUUAUUAUUUUCUAAAUGGUGACAUAUAAUUGCGGUCGCAAACCAAAUGAAAAUUGUAAAACAAAGCGUGUCGCUGACGCAUGUUACCAUUUUAGCGCUGUUUUUACAAAUAUUUUAUUGCGCGACGAUGACUAUAUAUGUGAUAUAAAGUUGUUAAUUUAAGGCAAUGACUGAAUUACGCUUGUGAAUAAAAAGUCUCGCAGUUUCUCUUAAAAAAA